CUUUCCGUAGUCACGUCAUCAGCAACAUGGCGACUCCCAUAUGAGCCACGCUCGUGUCUGAGAAAACAGAUAUUUUUUUUUUUGUAUUCUUUGAAACACAGGAAAAUAAUUUCGAAUUACUGAAAGGUGAAAAGGUUUGGACUUUAAUAUCAUCAUGUCGUCGCGAAACAACAACAAACUGCCUACAAAUUUACCGCAGUUACAAAACCUGAUCAAGAGAGACCCGAAAUCAUACACAGAGGAGUUCCUUCAGCAGCUUCGUCACUACCAGUCCAUGCUUCAGGUCUUCAAACACCAGCCUGACAAAUCGAACAAGGAUUUGGGUGAGUUGGUGAUGUUCUUGGCUCAGGUGGGACACUGCUACCAGACAGAGCUCUCCAACUUCCCUAAAGAACUGACCGAGCUGCUGCUGAGCCACCACACGGUGCUGGAGACGGACCUGCGCAUGACCUUCUGUAAAGCUUUGAUCCUUCUACGGAACAAAGAUCUGAUUGAUCCUACGAGUCUCCUCGAGCUGUUCUUCGAACUCCUGCACUGUCACGAUAAACUUCUACGAAAGACUCUGUACACACACAUCGUAACCGACAUUAAGAACAUUAACGCAAAGCACAAGAACAACAAGCUGAACACGACUUUGCAGAACUUCAUGUACACCAUGCUGAGGGACUCGAACCCCAUCGCUGCCAAGAUCUCCUUGGACGUGAUGAUGGAACUCUACAAACGAAAUAUCUGGAACGAUGCUAAAACCGUGAACGUCCUCACCACAGCAUGUUUCUCCAAAGUCACAAAGAUCCUGGUCGGCGCUUUGACCUUCUUCCUGGGGAGAGACGACGAGGAGAAAAGGGACAGCGAUUCAGAAUCGGAGGAUGAAGGUCCUACAGCUCGAGAUCUGAUGGUUCGAUAUUCAACAGGAAAGAAAACGUCCAAAAACAAGAAGAAGCUGGAAAAAGCCAUGAAAGUCCUGAAGAAACACAAGAAGAAGAAAAAGCCUGAGGUUUUUAACUUCUCUGCCAUCCACCUCAUCCACGAUCCUCAAGAUUUCGCUGAGAAGCUCCUGAAGCAGCUGGAGAGUUCGAAAGAGCGCUUCGAGGUGAAGAUCAUGCUGAUGGAGCUCAUCUCCAGACUGGUGGGAAUUCAUGAGCUAUUCCUCUUCAACUUCUACCCGUUUGUCCAGCGAUUCCUCCAGCCUCAUCAGAGAGAAGUGACGAGGAUCCUCCUGUGUGCCGCCCAGGCCUCCCAUCAGCUCGUUCCUCCUGAGAUCAUCGAGCCGGUGAUCAUGACCAUCGCCAACAACUUUGUCACGGACAGGAAUUCAGGAGAGGUGAUGACAGUCGGUAUUAAUGCGAUCAAGGAAGUCGUAGCUCGCUGUCCUCUCUCCAUGUCUGAAGACCUGCUCCAGGAUCUCACCCUGUACAAAUCUCACAAAGAUAAGAAUGUGGUGAUGUCUGCUCGAGGACUGAUUCAGCUCUUCAGAGAUCUCAAUCCUCACAUGCUUCACAGGAAAGACCGGGGCAAACCCACAGAGACCACAGCUGAAGCUCGGAUCCAUGACUACGGUGAGCUGGAGGCUAAGGACUACAUACCUGGAGCCGAAGUUCUGGAUGUGGAGACAGAAGAGCCCAAAGGAGAUGGAGAUGAAGAUGGCUGGGAGAGUGCGAGCAUGAGUGAGGAAGAUGAUGAUGACGGUGAAUGGGUGAAUGUGCACCACUCGUCUGAUGAAGAUCAGGAAGAAGUGGCGGAGAAGCUCCAGAGUAUCCCUGCAGAAGAGAGGAAAGCUAAAGCCACAGCGGUCAGCACCAGCCGCCUACUCACUCAGGAUGACUUUAAAAAGAUCCGUCUGGCUCAGAUGGCCAAGGACAUGAAGGCAGCACCCGGUAAAGGACAGAAGAGAAAGACAGACGAGGACACGGAGAGAGGUGAACUGCUGACACUGAGAGACAUCGAGCGUUUACACAAGAAACCCAAAUCUGAUAAAGAGACCAGACUGGCCACAGCCAUGGCCGGCCGCACAGACAGGAAGGACUUUGUGAAGAGAAAGAACAAGCUGAACCCGUACGCUAGCACCAGUAACAAGGAGAAGAAGAAGAAGAAGAACUUCAUGAUGAUGAAGCAGAGUCAGAGCAUCCGGACCAAAGGGAAACGUUCCUUCAGAGAGAAACAGAUUGCACUCAGAGAUGCACUUCUGAAGAAGAAGAAACACAAGUAGCGUCUCGGGAUCGGAGUCUCUGUACAGAUCCAUGCUCAUGUUUGACCUGUAAUAAAUCCAUUUUACGUUUAAAA